AUGUCGGCGCACACUCUGCACACAAGUGUAGAUGCGAGGGGUCCUGAUGCCCGCUCCUUCAACCCAGAUCGAUGGUUGAAGCCAAAGGCUAAAAGCCUCGAGCAAUAUCAAGUAGCGUUUUCCAAAGGAGCCAGGAUGUGUCUGGGGCAGAAUAUUGCUCCUGCUGAGAUCACAUGUGUGUUGACCCUUCUGUUCCGGAAAUAUGCGGUCACUCUUGCUUGUGACUUCCGUCCUCCUAGAAAUUUCAACGUUUUCACUUUGGAAUUUGAGGCGCCGGGUGUGCCCAUUUACUUCACUCCUGGUCCAUAG